AUGUCUGCAAUUUCCACCUAUCUCUACGGCAAGAUUCCAGAGACAGAGGAGAUGGCUAAGAAGGAGAAGUCACGUGCCAAGUUCUCGCAGAAAACGCUCAUUCACAUCAUUCCGUUCGCCCUUUCUUAUGGGGAUUUGGGGAUGAGAGAAGAAUCUAUCGCGGCUAGGAUUGAAGGAUUGAUGAUCGAAGGAGACAUCAACAACGAUAGUGAUGGAACUCAGACUGGUUUCUCGGGCGCCACAUUAAAACUUGGUGGCGAUUCAGACAAACUAGACCAUGUUGCUCGGAGCACACGAGCUUCGAGGAAACUAAUCAAAGGGUUCCAUUAA